AUGGCAAUGGGGUCGUCGAGCUCUGUUUCACGACCCAAUCCCGCCGAGGCCGACCCACAGCUACAAAGACAAAAAAGAGCUAAAGCUGACGACAAUAUUGAUCCAUUUGUGCCAAGAACUGAUCACAAUCCUAGGGAGCUGAGAUCUUGGGCUAAGAGAACUGGUUUCGUCUCUACUUUCUCUGCUGAAACCACCGCCGCAAGCAGUAAUGACACCGCCACACCAACUCCUGCCUCUGACUUGGAUAAAGCUGUUAACAACAACAACAACAACCGUCACACAAAUGGUGGGUUGUCUCCCAAAAUCGAGAUCGACCCGGUUCUCGGGCGGACCAGGCAGCCCAACAGAGGCCUCGAAAUUGAACCUGAUUCUAGGCCAGGAAAUAAUGAUAGGAGUUUGGGGUUAAGAGAUGAAAGCUCUAAGACAAGGAUAGCUGGGAAUGAUGUUUUGGGAGCUAAUCCUAAUCCUAAUAAAGAUGACGAAGUUGGGUUAAAUGCAACUGGAAAUGAGCCAAAGAAAGAAGAAGUAAAUUUUUAUGACCAUGUUGGCAUUGAAGUGUAUCCAGGUGGGGAGGAACUAAAUGCCAGUGGAGGUUGGCACAGACAAAGUGAAAUGAGAUAUGGGUUAAGAGACAAUCCGGGUUUUGUACCUUCGAGGAAUAUCUAUCUUUGGUCAUCGCUUAUUCCGAAUUUAUGCCCUGGUGGAGCGUACAAUUACAAAGGUUGCAGCUUUGAUAUACCUACUUCAAACAUCUUAGUGGAUGCAUGUAGAAAGCAUGCAUAUACGAUGCAGCGUUGCAGGACUGAUGUCUCCAAUGCGUGGAGAACUGCUGCUUGGGUCAGAAUACCAUACCCGUUGCAGUGGGGUGUCCCCAUCUUCCAUUUUAGGACUUCCCUGAUCAUGAUAAUAGUGUCACUAGUCGCAUCCGUGGAUUCGGUAGGAACUUAUCACUCUACAUCUUUGCUAGUUAAUUCAAGGCCUCCAACUCCAGGGAUUGUCAGCAGAGGAAUUGCGUUAGAGGGCUUCUGCAGUCUGUUGGCUGGACUUUGGGGUUCUGGCACUGGUUCAACAACAUUAACAGAAAAUGUUCAUACUGUCAAUAUAACAAAGGUGGCCAGUCGAAGGGCUGUGGAGAUUGGAGCAGUUUUCUUGAUCCUCUUCUCUUUUGUAGGUAAACAUCACGAACUUGUGAAAGACAAAACUUCAUGA